GGGGCGGUGGGCGAUGGAGCAGCCCGAGGACAUGGCGUCGCUGAGCGAGUUCGACUCCUUGGCGGGCAGCAUCCCGGCCACCAAGGUGGAGAUCACCGUCUCCUGCAGGAACCUCUUGGACAAAGACAUGUUUUCCAAGUCUGACCCACUAUGUGUCAUGUAUACUCAAGGCAUGGAGAAUAAGCAGUGGCGGGAGUUUGGCCGCACUGAGGUCAUCGACAACACGCUCAAUCCCGACUUUGUGCGCAAAUUCAUCGUGGAUUACUUCUUCGAGGAGAAGCAGAACCUCCGCUUUGACCUGUAUGACGUGGACUCCAAGAGCCCCGAUUUAUCCAAACACGAUUUUCUGGGCCAAGCCUUCUGUACCCUUGGAGAAAUUGUGGGGUCCUCGGGGAGCCGUCUGGAGAAACCUCUCACGAUAGGAGCCUUCAGCUUGAAUUCCAGGACGGGCAAACCCAUGCCAGCUGUGUCCAACGGCGGAGUCCCCGGGAAGAAAUGCGGCAGCAUCAUCCUGUCUGCAGAGGAGCUCAGCAAUUGUAGGGACGUUGCCACGAUGCAGUUCUGCGCCAACAAGCUGGACAAGAAGGAUUUCUUUGGCAAGUCCGACCCCUUCUUGGUGUUCUACAGAAGCAACGAGGAUGGGACCUUCACCAUCUGUCACAAGACCGAAGUCAUGAAGAACACCCUCAAUCCCGUGUGGCAAACCUUCUCCAUCCCUGUGCGAGCACUCUGCAAUGGGGACUAUGAUCGGACCAUCAAAGUGGAGGUGUAUGACUGGGACCGGGACGGCAGCCAUGACUUCAUCGGAGAGUUCACCACCAGCUAUCGAGAGCUGGCCCGAGGGCAGAGCCAGUUCAACAUUUAUGAGGUGGUAAAUCCCAAAAAGAAAAUGAAGAAAAAGAAAUAUGUGAAUUCUGGCACAGUCACGCUGUUAUCCUUCGCCGUGGAGUCCGAGUGCACAUUCCUGGACUACAUAAAAGGAGGGACCCAGAUCAACUUUACAGUGGCCAUUGACUUCACAGCCUCCAAUGGGAACCCAUCGCAGUCCACGUCACUGCACUACAUGAGCCCCUACCAGCUGAAUGCCUACGCGCUGGCGCUGACGGCCGUCGGGGAGAUCAUCCAGCACUACGACAGCGACAAGAUGUUCCCUGCCCUGGGCUUUGGCGCCAAGCUGCCCCCGGAUGGCCGGGUGUCCCACGAGUUCCCACUGAACGGUAAUCAGGAGAACCCGUCAUGCUGUGGCAUCGAUGGCAUCCUGGAGGCCUAUCACCACAGCCUGCGCACUGUGCAGCUCUACGGCCCCACCAACUUCGCCCCAGUGGUCACCCACGUGGCCAGGAGCGCAGCCACAGUGCAGGAUGGCUCCCAGUACUCUGUGCUUCUCAUCAUCACCGACGGCGUCAUCUCGGACAUGGCACAGACCAAGGAGGCCAUCGUCAACGCUGCCAAACUCCCCAUGUCCAUCAUCAUCGUCGGUGUGGGCCAGGCCGAGUUUGAUGCCAUGGUGGAGCUGGAUGGUGACGAUGUGCGGGUGUCCUCCCGGGGGAAGCUAGCUGAGCGGGACAUUGUCCAGUUCGUGCCCUUCAGGGACUACGUGGACCGCACAGGGAACCAUGUGCUGAGCAUGGCACGCCUGGCCCGCGACGUGCUGGCCGAGAUUCCUGACCAGCUGGUGUCCUACAUGAAGGCACAGGGCAUCCGCCCAAGGCCCCCGCCCGCUGCCCCGGCCUCACCGCUGCAGUCUCCGGCCCGCACGCCCCCUGCCUCACCGCAGCAUGCGAGCGUCUGAGCAGACAGCACGGGCCUGCAGGGAGGCCAGUAGCAGGGUCCUAGAACUACCUUGCCCAUUACAAUCCGCAGGCCUGGGCCUUUGGGAUCCCUGCAGGCCAGCAAGGGGUGGGGCCUCGGAGACCUCCCAAUUUCCGAGGCCUGCCCCCACAUUCUAAGCAGGUUAUUGGGGGAUACAGGGGGGAGGCGGAGUUCUGAGCAUCUCUUCUCAUCCUGACCCCUGCUCCAGCCCAGCCCUGAAGUUGCUACCCAUCAGGACAAUUGGAGUCCCCUUUGACCCACCUGGGGGCAUCCCGUGGGCUUACCUGACGCCCUGCUGUCUGCACUGGGCCUCCCUCCCCACCCUUUCUCUUUCCCACCCUUUUGUGGUGUCUCCUCUGCUACCCAGUGUCUGUUCUGUACUGUUCCCAAUGGACUCCAUCAGGCUAGUGCUGUGAUGGCUCCCAAGGAUGCUUGCAGGGGAGGUGGAGAUGCUGGGAGGUGUGAUGGGUAGGGAAGGCAGACACUAGGCCUGAGGCCAUCCAGGCAUC